AUGAGCACUUCUGCUGGAAAGCAGAUUGUACAAUAUGGCCUCACGGAAGUCUAUUCGGCGACAGAUCCUCUGGUCGACAUUGUCUUCGUGCAUGGAUUGAACGGGCAUCCCCACGAUACCUGGUCUACGAAGAAGCCCAACGUCUUCUGGCCCGCUGAUCUCCUCCCUGCGGCUCUUGAAGACCAAAAACCCCGAAUUCUGACCUACGGCUAUGACGCGAAUGUGACCGCCUUCACCGAUGGCGUCUCUAAAGACAAGAUACACAACCAUGCAGAACAUCUUGCGUCUCGGUUGGUGGCCAACAGGUCGUUGAGGAAAGCCACGGAAAGACCCAUCAUCUUCGUCUGUCACUCUCUUGGAGGGUUGGUGGUCAAGAGAUGUUUGAUAUACUGCCAGAGCAUUCGACACCACCAACACACCGAACGACUACGAUCUAUCUAUGUCAGCACCUAUGGCAUCCUCUUUCUUGGUACACCUCACAAUGGGUCUGACCUCGCAAAAUGGGGCUCCUUGCUCGAAAAGAUCUGUGCUGUGGCCCUUCCGAAGAAGUUCUUAGACACAUCUCCACAACUGGUGCAUGCCCUGCAGACCAACAACGAAACGCUGCAGAACAUCAAUAGGCUCUUCAUUGAGAUCAUAAGCCGGUUCCACAUAUACUUCUUCCAUGAGUCAAAGCCUACCGAUUUGAAGGGAACCCGAUCAUUCGUAGUUGAGGAGGAUUCUGCUGCACCUGUUAUCGAAGGAGUUGAAAGAAUGGGCAUUGAAAAAGACCACAGCCAUAUGUGCAAGUUCGAGGACGAAUCAAGCCCUGGCUACGAUGUUGUCGCUGAGGCUGUUCAAAGAUAUGCCACUGGAUCUCAGUCGCUGAUCCGCUCUCGAUGGGAGGAAGAGAAACGAAUGGCUGAGUUUGAAAGGCAAGCAGCUGCACGUGAAUUAUUGGGUGAUAGCAUCUUUCAGACGAGCGUAGGGGCUUCGGGCACAGUCACACCACCUGGGAUUGCCCAGACCAUUCAGUCAAGUUCAAUGAGUGCGCCUCCUCCCAAACAGAUCUCCGCGUCAACUUCACCCCAGUAUGAGGUUGAAGAGGUCGAGGAUGAUCUGGUCACUGCACCUCGUUGA